AUGACGCUGAAAUUCAACAUCAAGCUCACUGAAUAUAACAUCGCAAACCCAACAAGUGAGUACACAAUUUGGAAGAUAGUGCUGGAGGAUGAUAACAACAACUCAAACGAUCACCCAGAAUCAAUUGAGGAGAUCGAAAAUGGCAUUGGCAAUGAUGCGGUGGCUAGAAUCGGUGUAACAAAUAAUGAUGCUCUUGAGAACAAUGUGGAGUCUCCUGAUAUUGAACCAAAACAGAGGACUAAUGGAGAAGAAGACUUCAAUACCGGUGGAGAUGAUGAUGUUGCUAAUGACAAAGGAAAUGCAAACAAGCUAAAAAGAAAACAUGAAGUGAUAGUCUCUGACAAUGAGGAACAAAUAGAAUGA